AUGUACACCCCAUCCAUCCUCACGCUCCUCGCAGCAGCAGCGCUCCAUCUGGCGACCCCCGUUUCAGCAAACUAUGAAUCCGGCAAAGCAGUGCAGAUCAACUUCUACUCCAACUCCGGCUGCUCCGCCUACACCAGCGAGACGGCGGCGUGGUGGACCCGCUCCCCGCGCGCGGCCGAGUACGUCAACGGCGGGAGCGCGGGCGACUGCUUCUCGCUCGGUAUGCCGGGCGCCAGCGGGAGUCUCAACGUCGCCGGCGCGUGGCGGGGUAACGGGGCCCAGACGAGCGGCGGGUGCGAUCUGUAUGACGGAUACAACUGCGGUGGCGCCAAGGGGCGGAUUGGGUUUAAUAGCGGCUCGGGAGGCUGCGUUGCUUCCAGGAGCUCGAAUGGGUUGUUGUGGAAGAGCGCUUACUGCGGUGCCGCUUAA